AUGGCAGGCAGCUCUGAAGUUCCCAGCUCGACGGCAACCACAUCCGUCCCGGUUGUUGGUGUUGAGGUAAUAGCAGGCAUCUCUGAAGUUCCCAGCUCGGUCAGCCCUGUUGUUGCUGCUGCGACCACAUCAAGCAGCUCCGAAGCUAGCGCUGCGACAACAUCUGAUUCAAUGACUUGGUCGGAUUGGACAUCGUCCGUGAACAGUGGCGAGACCCCUGUCAAUGGCGCAGCCAGCAGCUCGACCACAACCAGCACUGGGACGAAUAGUAGCGAGACUCCUGUCAAUGGCGCAUACACCAGUUCAUCUUCGACACCUGCCGAGGCAAGUAGCUCCACAACUACGACGACCACCAGUGCCUUGGUUCAAGCUGUCGCAACUUCAUCUUCGACUACGAACGGCAGCGCCGAGACGUGGUCCGAUUGGACAUCAUCGAGCAGCAGCGGUGAGUCGGUCGUCCAAGGUGUCAUGACAACCACACCUACCGUGGCUGUUGCGGUCAAAACUUCGUCUUCAACGACAAGCACGAGCGAUAUCGUCGCGGCCGAGACAGCCUCUUCGUCUAGCACGCAAAGCUCUGAGACAUGGGGCGAUUGGGAUGUGACCAGCUCAAGCGGCGGUAGCUCCCCAGUCGAUGCUGCUAUGGAGCCGACUCCAACCUCGACUAUUAAGCCACCGGUUGGCGCUGCAACUGAACCUACGAUCAGCUCGACUGGAAGGCCACCAGUUGAAGCAGUUGUCGACUCGACACCCAGCACCAUGGAAACCUGGUCAGACUGGGCUGAGGCAACAAGCACCGUCUCGACGGGAGAAGAAGUCGCCGUCAGCACUACUGUCGAAGCUACUGUGGCGACGCUAACGCUCGGGGUUGGACCAUCCGCCUCUGUUGUAACGACCACUCUACACAUCACGAAGACAUUCACUCUGACAAGCACCAUUUAUGCCACCGUUACACGCCCGUCCCCAACGAGUCAGCCCGAAGCACCGAACAAUGUCGUCAACGUCGCUGCUGCGAACAGUGAAGCUACCACUACCAUCACUCUGCACUCGACCACGACAGAGACAAUCACGCUGAUCCCCGUUAAUACGGGUGCUGGUUCUUUGCCCGCAGGACCGGGCAGUGAAGGCGGCGCGUGUUCUGUUUCGUACGUCACUGUCACGGAAGUUGUACAGAGCACGAUCACCGUUACAGCAACACCAACCGAGAUCAAGCCCGUUAAGCCCACCGCACCAAUCGCCGCCGUUGAUGUGUCCACCACAUCUCCGAGCCCAUCCAGCAUUUCGACUGAGCAUACGUGGGCGGAUUGGACGAGCAGCGAGUCCGCCGCCACUCCUGUCGAAAACGCAAAAACCACCAGCACGACGACCGCCGCCGCCGUCGCUACCACAUCAAGUAGCACGACCGGCUCAGUUGAGCAUUCUUGGACCGAUUGGACGAGCAGUACAUCUGCGCCAACCUCCGUUGAAAAUGCACAGACGUCUACCAGCAGCACUAGUAGCAGCAGCACUAGUAGCGUCACAACAUCGACAGAGCAUACAUGGGCGGACUGGAGCAUCCCGACCGCUCUGAAUAUCUCAGUUGACGCAGUUGUCGCCGCCGUUGUGACAACCACGCAGAGGCCAAGCUCGGGAUUCAUCACCAUGUCAAAGUAUACCACCCCUGCGGGAUGGAAGCCAUGA